GAGACUAAGAACGAGGUUCGUGGUGAGGGCUCAUGGCGAUGAACAUGGUUAAUCGAUUGGUCAAAGCGAGGAGGGACACUAUUGUAGCAUGCAUGACUUGUCCACUUUGCAAUAAGUUGCUGAAGGAUGCUACCACAAUAUCUGUAUGCCUUCAUACGUUUUGCAGGAAGUGCAUUUAUGAUAAAAUUACAGAUGAAGAAUUGGAAUGCUGUCCAAUAUGCAACGUUGAUUUGGGCAUUGUUCCGCUUGAGAAAAUGAGGCCAGAUAAUAGUUUACAAGACUUAAGGAACAAAAUUUUCCCUUUUAAAAGAAGAAAGGUGAAGGCACCUGCAGUUGUCCCCUCAGUACUAUUACCAGCUAGAAGAAAGGAGAGAUCACUUUCAUCUUUGGUUGUCAGCACUCCGAGGGUAUCUACUAAGGUAACCUUGACAGGAAGAAGAACAAAACCUUCAAGAAAGGCUAGUGGUCUGCUUGCCUCUAGUUUCUCCAUUGAAAAAACCAUUAAAAAAGAAGAGGAAUUACUGGAAGAUCGCCAAGAUAGUUCAAGCUCACCUGACACUUCAAACAAGUCUGCAGAGAAUGGUGGACAGAGGUUCUCAUCUUGUGAAAAUAGCCAAUCCAUACACAAUAAAGGAACAGAGAAUGGUGCUGAACCACAUGAAGCAAAACUGGAUCUUUGGAAACCUUUGAAUUAUUUAGUGGAGGCUGCAAGUAGGAGUAAAUCUUUUAAGUCUAAUGUGCAAGGGUCUGAUGCCAAACUAGAACUCAUUAAAGUAAAUAACAAUGAUUCUCAAGUGCUGAAAGCAAAAAAUAAGGAAAAUAAACGCAAGGUAAAAGUUGAAGAUGAAAAGACUAGCACUGAUCAUAUCUCUUCAGAUAAAGCAAAAACCAAUAAAUCACGCAGAGUUCGCAUAAAAAAGGAACCUGAUUUUGGAGAAUCACGCAUAUCACCUCAGGCUGUUCUGGAUGCUACUGACACUGAACUCUUAAGGAAUGAUUCAAUUUGGUUCUCCUUAGCAGCUUCUGAAAACCAGGAAGGAUAUGCACCCUUGCCCCAAAUUAAUUCAAGUUAUGUAAGAAUAAGGAAUGGAAACGUACCUGUCUCAUUUAUCCAAAAAUACCUAAAGAAGAAACUAGACCUGAAAAGUGAAGAUGAGGUUGAGAUUAUAUGUAUGGGACAACCAGUGCUCCCUACACUGCAGGUACAAAAUUUGUUCGAGUUGUGGCUGGAUAUGGCAUCCACAGGACAGAGAAUUCCAGCAAACAUAGGGUCCUCAGCAAAGGAUUUUGUCAUGGUCCUAAACUAUGGUCGGAAGGUCCCACAUCCUUGAUCUUGGUCCCCCAUUCUGCUCCCAUUUACAAUUUUAAUGCACCUUGAUGAAAAAUCUUCACAGGAUAAUCGUUCCCCCAUCUGGAUUGUACAUCGAGCAUGUGUUCUUCUGUAACCGUGUUGCCAAUAGGUGCUAUGUUAUUGAGGAUAAAAUAGUUCAAAUAAAUUAUGAGGAAAUCUCU